AUGAACACUCAUUCCAGCUACAAGGAAGACAUGGUCAGACGGGCGCAGGAGCAACUUGAGGUCGGCCUCGCCCAGAUUGCGACCGCGUCUCCCUUCCGCCAGAGGCUCCUGACGAAGGCCACCGCCCUCAAACUAUACUAUUUUGACCCGUUCCUAUCCACUACGGAUGUCGGCGGAGCUCCGGGAGCCUCCGCCGAGCGAAUCUGGACGACCCGCCAAAUCGCCCAUGCGCUGGGUCGAUCGCAGUCCAUGAUCGCCCGCUGCAUCAAGGCCCACGCCAACCUCGCUCCUGACAUUCCUGGAAUGACCUUAGAUGAGUUGGCUGACGUUCUGCGCGAGGAUCCCAUCCAGGGACAAGGCUACGUGUUCAUCGUCCCCGAGGAGCAAGAGCUC